AUGACAACGAUGUUCGUCCAACUGCGCCGCGUGGUGUACCUGUUGGUACUUGUGCACUUCUGUACGUGUGUGGCAUAUGCGAGACGUGGUAGGGGACGUGUUUUAACAGAUGUAGAUGUUGCCCCUGAAGAACCAAGGGCAGCUGAGCAUGAGGCUAUAUUACAGAAGAUAAGUGAUUCGACAGCUAAAAUGGAGGAGGAAAAAAAGAACACAACAAUUAAAGCUGAGUUACUGAGUCAAGCAAGGGAUAAGUACAGUACAGAUUCUAAACAUGCCGAGACUGCAGCAAAUGAGUGCACACAAUUUGCCAAAGAGAGUAAAACUGGUUUAACGAGUGUUGCAGAUAAUGAGAGGGAGAACAAGGCCAACGAACUCGUGAAAAAGUGCACUCGGGCGGCCCAAGAAGUUAAAGCUGCUGCAGAUGCUGUAAAUGACGCCGCUGAUGCUGCUGGCGAUGCUGCGGGUCAACUUUUAGAAGCCGCGAAGAGUGUGAAUGAAACAUCAAAUGGACAUUUGGAUUCAUUAGACUCAAUGGUAGGAUCGCCAUCGGAACUUUUAGUGAAGUUGACCGCGGCUCCAGUGAUUGCUGUGGAUAAAACUAAUGAAGCGGAAAAGUUUGCAACGGAGGUGCAGAAGAAUGUCACUGCCGCAAAAGCAGAGGUUGCCAAGGCAGAACAACUGGAACAAGCAGCGAAUGACGCUGCGAAGCUUCUGCAGGAAGCCAUUCAAAACCCAAAGACUGCAAUAGCAGCCGCAAAAGCACCAGCAGCAGCAGAAGCAACAGAGAAAGCUGCCGAAGAAGAACAGCAACAAAACGUUGGUUCAGCACCAAAAAAUGAAGAGCAGCACGAGAAACAAACAACGGAAGCUGAAAACAGUACAGAAGUCCAAAUCAACAGAAAUGAAGAAAAUGGAUCAGUAACAAUGGAAACUAAAAACAGUUCAGGGAACGAAACCAACAAUAAUGGGGAAAAGGGAUCAAUCGUAACAACAGCUGAAAAUGGACCAAACACAGAUGAAAAUAUAUCGACUGUGGAGCAACAAAAUGACCAACAUGUAAGAAAAGAAAACGGCAGAGACGGGGGUUCUAAGGAAGAGAGGGAAACAACUAAUAACUCAACCACUGCUGAAACAUUGAAAUCUCAAAAUAUGCUAACUAAUUCUCCCUCUACAGGUUCAGUCCCUUUAAAUGUUACACAGUUCAGUGACAGCAGUAGCAGUCCUGCAUUGGUGCACAGUCCCUUAUUGCUGCUUCUUGUUUCGAUGUGUGUGCUGGGCUGUACUGUCGUUUGUUGA